AAGUACCCAUGAAGUGCCACGAAUGUUGAGUUGUUGUUGAGGACAUUCGAGGAGUUCUUUUGCGCUCCUCACCACGUUAGUCUGCAAAUUUUCUUAUCAUUAUCCAACAGUUAAUUUAAACAGAUAUUCCAAAUUUCGGAUGUUAUGUUUCCCAAUAUAUUUGUUUUAACGCUAUCUUAUUUCACUAUUAACAAAUGAACUUGUAGGGAAUAAUUAAAUUCUCACCACAUUUGAGUCAUUACGGAAAACUGAGUUAUAAACUAAACUGGCGAGUUCACUGGGUAUUGUAUCACAGUGGUUAUUGUUAGCAAUUAACAAACAUGUGCUGGUCUGGAAAGUGUUGUUUUUUUGUGAAAUUAGACGUGGGGUGCCUUUUAAUAGGUAUUUUCACCUUGGUGCUCUCACUCGGAAUAUCGGCCACGUCGCUCACUUUCAUAUGCGAAACCUCAAUAGGUCCGAACAAUAAGGAUUACUCGUACUUGCACAACCGUACCGAGCACCUCCUAGGCCUGGUUCACCUGGACGUCAACCCGGGCUCCAAGCAGGUGGUCCUGGGAAUAAUCCUGCUCGUCGCGUUGAUUUUGGCCAUGACUUCCACAUUCCUGAUUGUUGGAGUUCAGAAGCGUUUAUCUGGUCUGGUGCUGUCGUACUUCGCAUAUGGCAUCUUUGUGACAUUCUUCACCAUCUUGGGCUCGUUGCUUCUGCUGCUGAAAACCUCGUGGUGGCUUGCCCUCAUUCUGAUAGGUUUAUCAUGUGAGUAUGGUUCAGUUUUUAACUACGACUCUCCCUCCCACUUUCCCGCACACCUUCCCGCGAUCGCCCCGUCCGUACCAGAGCGUCGAUGUGACGUCACGGCUGCCUGGUGUACAGCUAUCUCGACCAGAUUGGAGGAUAGUAAGUAG